CACUUUUGCGCUCGCGCUUCACAUUUCUCGAGGAGCGCGAUCUAAACGCAACGCACAGAGCGCUCGGGUCUCUGACGGACUGAAGCCUGGAGCUGGAUCUUUGUCCUAUUCUGCUUCAGUGAACAGUGUGAAUAGUGAAAGAGGACACUGGAUUCCCAGCAGCACGUUUAGGGAACUUUUCCAUGUCUCCGGGUCUUGGAGAAAGUUUUGUUUCUGACUCUGGGCUUUGUCAUCUCUGAUGUGGACUUGAGACAACAGGCGGUGAAAUUUAUUCUGAGACGGAACGCAGUGCGCAGAGAACCAUGGUGAAAAACGCGUGGGGAUAGACAGAACAAGAGCAAGAGGAUACAAGUUUUCACGUGCAGAACAAAUCUUUGGGAAGUAUCGAAUCAUAUCGAAGACCAUGGCCUCCAGUUUAACGUGUGCGGGUGUGGUGUGGUCGCUCGUGUCUCUGUUGAGCGCCGCGGCGUGUUGCGUGGGCUUCUUCAUGCCAUACUGGCUGCUGGGAUCUCAGAUGGAUAAGCCGGUGUCUUUCGGCACAUUCCGCCGCUGCUCGUACCCGGUGCGCGACGAGGCCAGGCAGGCCACGGUGAUGCUGGAGCAGUGCGGCCGCUACGCCUCGUUUCAGGGCAUCCCGAGCAUGGAGUGGCGCAUUUGCACGGUGAUUACGGGCACCGGCUGCGGUCUGCUGCUGCUCGUGGCGCUCACGGCGCUGAUGGGCUGCUGCGUGUCCGAGCUCAUCUCCCGCACUGUGGGCCGCGUGGCUGGGGGCGUGCAGUUCGUCGGUGGUCUUCUCAUUGGCUCUGGAUGUGCUCUGUACCCUCUUGGCUGGGAUAGUGAGGAGGUCAAACAGACAUGUGAUAACCGCUCAGACCAGUUUGAACUGGGUUCGUGUGAGAUCGGCUGGGCGUAUUACUGCACCGGUGCGGGCGCAGCUACAGCCAUGCUGAUCUGUACCUGGCUGGCCUGCUUCGCUGGCAAGAAACAGAAGCAGUACCCAUAUUAGAGGAGAUUCAGGCAGCUUUAGCUUUAGCUUCAGCUUUAAGCAGAGAGCCAACAGCACAGAGCAGCCAAGGACGAAUGCCUCAGAGUGGACUAUAGAGAGACCAGAGACGCUCUUUCACCUAAGGCAUGAGCACUUUCUCCAUUUAUACUUUUCCAGCUGCCGGGAUUCCCUCAUAGGCUGAAUGCUCACAUGGAAGUAUGCAGUGAUAUAAAAUAGACUGAUCAUACACAGCGACUGAUGCCCUCUCAUAUCGAACAUGUCUAGAGCACAAAUGUCAGAAAAUGGACCAAUUACCCUUAAUGUCUUCUGUUAAUCCUGAGAGUGCUCUUCUUCUUCUUUGUUCAGUGUACUAGUGCUAGUAAAGUCUGUUAUAAAGAUAAACACAGAUCAUUAUUAUGAAUUGUUUAUAUUUACAUAUCCGUUUUCACAUUACACUACGAAUUGCAAUAAUUGUCAUAUCCAUCAUACAGUGUUAAAUAAGCAUUACAAAAGAUUAAUAUGUAUCGUUUUAUGAUAAUGUAUAUUAAGGAAACUAUACAUUAUCAUAAAAUGUAUACUAUGGAAACAGUAUACACUAUAUUGUUACAUUGUUAUAUACAGUAUAUGCUUCAUAUCUACACACAUUUUGUGAUAGUGUACAAAACAUGUAUUGUAUUAGCCAUUAUAUGUUGUAAAUAAAACCUUUUCAUCAACAGAAUAUUUGGUGAUUUGAGUUUUACAUGUACAUAUAAGGUUUCCCCCCCCCCCUUUUAGACCACUUCAAAUCUUAUUUAAGAUUUUAUUUAACACAGUACUACAUCUGUGUCUGCAAUGGUCUCCAUAUUAUCUACAAUCUAUGGCACUGUCAUUUGGGGUAUUCUUUAUCUGCUAGAGUGCAUUGCUUUGACAUGUAACUUUUGCAUUUUAAUUACAUCUCCAUAAAAAUAAACAUCCUUAUUUGCCACUUUAAUAGGAACAUCCCUGCUCAUUCAUGCUGUAUCUGUAAGCUCUUGACAUGUAUCUGAAUGAUUUUAUGUGCUGUGAAUGUGCAGUUGUACAGUUUUUUCUAUUAAAGUGGACAAUGAGUGUA